AGUUAUUUCAUUAAUAGAAAAUUUCAUUGAUUAAUACUUGAGAUUUAUUUCAAGGUGAUUAAAAAAUUUUUUUGCUUAUUAUAAUCAUCAAUAAUAAAAUUUUUAUUCGUAAUUAUUUAUUUUUAAAUGGACUAACUUUUACUUAACACUGCUGAGAAUACAGGUGGCCAUAAGACCAUCGUUGCAAUAGCGACGAAAUUUAUUUACUCCUAUUAUAAUUCCUAUUUUAUUUAACUUUACAAUAAAACAAAAAGAAGAGAAUAAUAUCAUUUUUGAGCAUUUACCGAUGAGUUUUCUCAAUACUAUUUUAUCUCUAUUUCAGUUUUUCAAUUCUGAUUGAAUAACUGAAAAGAUUUCAACCUCUCGCAUCGGACAUGCCGCAUUGAUAAGGAAACUCUUCGUAUUCUACUGCGAUAAGCUACCAGGGCAUUAAACGCAAUGAUAAAUGAGAUUUGAUAUGAUGAUGAUACGCCGGUUAUUCGAAACAGGUGUUCAUUCGAGUUGGGAAAGGGAAUAAUGUCAAAUGAAUAUCUAAAUAGCUCGAGACUCGUUCAUGUAUCCGAAAAUUCGACGAGCCACAAAUAAAUCCGCGAGGUGAGAUAAAACAAGAAGGAUCUGCGAAUCAAAGUAAACGAAAUCGCUCAGUAGUUCAGUGACCAUUAUAAAAUUACACGGCAUGGAUUACAGUGAGGAUUACAUUCGACAAAGGAGAACCGAGCGUUAAAAUAAAUAAUGUACGACCGAGAACUUAACGCGCGGAAAGAUUUAGUGUUGUGGGGAAAUGCGAACGAGACGUGAAAAUUAGUUUUAGGAAGUGUAUUGUUGAAGAGUGGUAUACUUAUCACAUUAGUCUCACUCGCGAUUGACUUGUCUAUAAUAAUAUCAGUUUGGACUCAAAGCUGCAAGUCCAAUUCUCACCGCUGCACGCCGUUGCAAGACAUCGCUCGCGAUUGAGACACGGACUCAAGCGAUUUCCUUCUAUUAGAGUUCUUCGAGUUACACCCGCGCAAAUAUGACGCGACCGGGGAUGUUCGGUCUUCUUCUCGCACUGUGUUGCGCCCUGAUCUCAGCGGAUGAACAAUAUUAUUGCUCGUGGUACGGAGAAUGCGGAAUGGGAAGUUUAUUCCCGCGAACUUGCGUGGCAAAGAACAUCACCGCCCAGCCGAUCAAUGACACGGCGGCCGAAGCUAUUCUACGGAAGAAAUGUCCGCAGUUUUUCGAGAACAAUGAAUCGCCAAUAACAUGCUGCAAUGCCAAUCAGAUUGUCACGAUGGAGGCGAGCAUAGCUAUGGCAGAAAAUAUUUUCGGCAGGUGUCCGACUUGCUUGAGAAAUAUGCUUCGAUUGAUCUGCGAUAUCACUUGCAGUCCCGAGCAAGGUCGAUUCGUGAGGGUGACCAACAGUUCUGAAGAUGAUGGCCUUGAGUUUGUCGUUGAAUCUCAGGUUCAUGUCACGGAACUAUUCAUAAAUGGAACUUUUGAGUCUUGUAAAAAUGUUAUUAAUCCUACGAGCGGAGGUUUUGGCAUGGACAUAGCUUGUGGACCGCACGGAGCUACUAGGUGCACUCCAAAAUUGUGGUACGACUUCAUGGGCAAUAUCGAAUUGAAUCCUUACAUACCCUUCCAGAUGACAUAUAUUUAUGAUUCAGCUGAAGAAUGGGGCGACGAGCCAUGGAAUGCUACGACCAAAAAUUGCAACGAGGCUUACGAUAAAUCAUCUAUGGCUUGCAGCUGCGUCGACUGUCCCGCCGCAUGUCCUCCUGAUAAGAAAUUCGAGAUUGAAUCAAAAGAUCGGUUCAUGAUCGGUAAAUUCAAUGGCUACGGAGUCAUAGUGGCUAUAAUUGUCAUUUUUAUCACAAUUAUAGCAGGUUGCAUCACAUUUGUAAUAACUUUACUCAAGAAGUGUAAGAAAGGACGUUCUUGGAAGACGUCAAUGAAAAAGGCAGACGGAAACUGUAGCCGAAGUUAUAAAAAGAUUUUCGAAACAGCCUUUGCUGGAUGGGGAGCAGCGUUCGCCAAGUAUCCCAUUAUUUCUCUGUUCACGAUUUCAUACAUCGUUGUUGGUCUGAGUUACGGAAUCAACUAUCUUUUGGUAACAGUAAAUCCAAUUGAAAUAUGGGCAGCGCCGAGUAGUAGAUCAAGAUUAGAAAAAGAUUAUUUCGAUAGUCGAUUUCAGCCAUUUUAUAGAACUGAACAAAUCUAUAUCAAAUCCGUUAAUAUUGAUAAGGUACAACAUAAUUCUUCGAUUGGAGAUAUGGAAUUUGGUCCGGUUUUUAACGAAACGUUCUUGCUAGCUGUGUACGACCUGCAACAGCAAAUUCUUCAAUUAGGCCAAGAAACCGACGAAGGACUGGAAAAGAUCUGCUAUGCCCCCGUACAAAGCGAAUUUACCGGACCAGUUACUCUUGAUCUCUGCACUGUGCAAAGUGUAUGGGGAUACUUCCAAAAUGACAUCGAUAAGUUCAAUAAGACAAAUAUUAUCAAGGGCUAUGAAACUAACUAUCUGGAUCACUUGUACGAAUGUAUGCAAAAUUCUUUUAAUCCAAACUGUCUGGCGCCGUACAAAGGACCCGUAAUACCAGCCAUAGCAAUCGGAGGCUUUCUGAAAGAAAACGAGUAUAAAUAUGAUUCCUCAGAUUAUAUUAAAGCAACAGGAUUAGUUUUAACGUUUCUUGUGAAAAAUUCGCUCAAUGAGAAGGAUCUUGAGCCGAUCUAUAAAUGGGAACAACGCUUUCUCGACUUUAUGGAAAAGUGGAACCAAGAUGGUCGACCGAUAUUCAUGGACGUCGCAUGGACUACGGAAAAAUCGAUACAAGACGAACUGGAUAGGACAUCGAAAGCGGAAGUGAUAACAGUGGUUAUCAGUUACCUCGUCAUGUUCGUUUAUGUCGCUAUUGCUCUCGGCAGAAUCAAGGCUUCUGUUGUUGGUUGUCUCACCGAAAGCAAAGUCGUAUUGAGCGUUGGUGGAAUCAUCAUUGUUAUAGCAUCGGUCGCUUGUUCUCUCGGCAUUUUCGGCUAUAGUGGCGUACCAACUACUCUGCUCACAAUCGAGGUAAUUCCUUUCCUGGUGCUAGCAGUAGGAGUCGAUAAUAUUUUCAUCUUGGUACAAAAUCAUCAAAGAAAUCCUCGGCACGUUGAUGAAACAAUUCCAGAGCACAUCGGUAGAAUUCUUUCUGUAGUCGGACCCUCGAUGCUGCUUACGAGCUGUUCUGAAUGUUUAUGUUUUCUCAUCGGAGCUUUUUCUGCAAUGCCAGCGGUCAACACUUUCGCGAUGUACGCCUCGCUAUCGAUUUUAAUUAACUUCCUCCUUCAAAUAACAGCCUUUGUGGCUUUAUUGGCUCUUGAUUCUCGGAGAGCUGAGGAUAAUCGCCUGGAUAUUUUCUGCUGUAUUUCUAUUGAGAAUAAUUCAAAUGUCGAUGGAUGCGAUGGUAUCGUUCGCCAAAUUUUCGAGCGCUUUUACACACCGUUUCUAAUGAGGACGCCAGUCAGAGUUUUUGUCAUAGCGAUCUUCGUCGCCGCUCUUGCUACUCACAUCAUAGUCUUACCGCAGAUAGAGGUUGGACUGGACCAGAAGCUCUCGAUGCCCGAAGACUCUUACGUUCUCAAAUAUUUCCAGUACAUGGAAGAUCUUUUAUCGAUGGGCCCACCCGUAUACUUCGUGCUGACGGAAGGACUGAAUUACAGCAAGAAGGAAGUACAAAAUGUCAUAUGCGGCGGUCAAGGAUGCAAUGAAAAUUCCUUGUACGCGCAAAUAUAUACGGCUGCCAAACAUCCCUCCAAGUCCUAUUUAUCUAAAGCAGCUUCAUCCUGGAUAGACGAUUACAUCGAUUGGUCGGGAAUUAGUAGUUGUUGCAAAUAUUUCGCGAACAACCAAUCCUUUUGUCCGCAUGAUAACGGAAUUUGCAAAAAAUGCGGAAUUGUCGUUGACCAGACUACCUCCCGUCCAAACGAAACGAAUUUCAGAAAAUAUAUUCCUUAUUUUGUGAACGAUGUUCCAGACAAAGACUGCGCCAAAGCUGGCAGAGCCGCUUAUUUCGACGCAAUGAACUAUUACAUUGACGAUUUCGGUAUGAGUAACGUGUACGAUUCGUACUUCAUGGGUUAUCAUACGCCUUUAAAAAAAUCAUAUGAGUGGUACGAAGCACUGCGAACUGCUAGAAUAAUAUCGGAAAACAUCACGAACACGAUUAACGAUGCUGGAGUGUCCAAUAAUAAAAUCAAAGUAUUUCCAUAUAGUGUAUUCUACGUAUUCUACGAACAGUAUUUAACCAUCUGGGAAGAAACUUUGUUGUCGAUAGGUUUAUCCCUUGUUGUGAUCUUCGUGGUGACGCUAUUUCUCACAGGAUUAUCAUUAUUUUCUGCAGUGAUAGUCGUUAUUACUGUCUUGAUGAUAAUAAUUGAUUUAGCGGGGUUAAUGUACUGGUGGAACAUCAGUUUGAACGCGGUUUCUCUCGUAAAUUUAGUCAUGGCGGCUGGCAUCUCCGUAGAAUUCUGCAGCCACAUAGUGCACUCUUACAUCAUCUCUGUAGGGAAUACGAGAAUCAAUAAAGCGUCAGAAGCUCUUUCCGCCAUGGGAAGUUCUGUAUUCUCCGGGAUCACUUUGACCAAAUUUGUGGGAAUCGUGGUGCUGGCAUUCGCAAAGUCGCAGAUAUUCCGGGUUUUCUAUUUCAGAAUGUAUUUGGGAAUUGUUCUGUUCGGAGCGGCACACGGUCUAAUAUUCUUACCGGUGUUAUUAAGCUUUAUAGGACCUGCAUAAGAAUACUUAUUACUAUGUAAGAUCUAUAAGAAAAGCCAAUACAAAAGCGCACAGCGAUAAGAAAGCCGUCCUAUGAUUUGUGCAUUUGUUUAGAGAUUACCAGUAUGAUAAGUUAUUAUUUUAUUAGUAUAACGUGACUUUAUGAAAUGUUGAUUUCUGCGUUCGUGUAUAUUAUUUGCAUUAGAUUGGAUAUACAAUAUUUUUUUAAUUCAAUCCAUAAUCAACUAUUAAUAUAACGCGAUCACCGUGUAUAUAAUCAUACGUAUAUUUAGCGUAAAUCAAGACGAAAUUUUAUUGAAAAUGUCUUUAUCAUAUCGCGUAUAUUGUAUGUCAACAUAAAUAAUUUUCAACAACAA